AUGUGCCACCUCAUCACCUGGUCCUAUAGCUUCUGCCUCCAUGCCGACGCAGAUGCCAGUUCCACCAUCCCAUGCCAAAAAGCGCUGAAAGCUGGAUACGAGUGUAUCCAGAGCCGUACAACGGAAUUCAGAUUCCCGGUUCCGGGAAAAUGUCUGGAAUGUAAGCACAAAAGCCAGGAAAGCCGACUGAACCUCUUGCGUACAGUGAGAACCCGGAACCGAAAGGCAGCCGUGGAUGCUGCGUUCGAGUUCGACGAACAUGAAGCCUGGAACUCGGAUAGUGAGGGCAUGUCUGAGAGUGAGAUCGUUCUGGAUAUGCCCCCAUGCCCUCCUCGUGCUCGCUCUGUUCCAGCGGAUUCCACCGAAAAGACGGGAACCUGGAUGAAAUAUCAUGGCGGGCUGGCGAAGAAGCCAGAAGUUGUCCUACCUACUUUGCCCAUUGUUCAUUAUAGUGCAGCCAUUGAAACCGUGGAAGAGGAGGACGACGAUGAGGAUGAGGAUGAAGAGUCGUUGGAUGAGCGUGGUAUACGCUGGCGCUCUUGGAUUCCUCUUCCUACUAGACUUCUUCGGUCACGGUCGUGUCCAAAGCUGCCUUCUCUGAAGGAUGAUGCGGAGAAAGAUGGAGAGAAUGUUAAGAAGCGGUCGACUUGGCAGUCUCUCGGGAGGAGAUUUUCGGUGAAGUGA